GAGAAUAUUUUGCAGGUUAUUUCUUUACUCUGUUACUUGAUGGAAACAAAAAAUGAUCGCGGUCCCUUUUUGGUGGUGGUGCCGUCCUCUGUCCUACCAGGAUGGGAAUCAGAAAUAAACUUUUGGGCACCUAGCAUAAAUAAAAUAGUUUACUCGGGACCACCCGAAGACAGACGAAAGCUUUUUAAGGAAAGAAUUCUCCAUCUGAAAUUCAAUGUUUUAUUGACAACGUAUGAGUAUUUAAUGAAUAAGCAUGACAGACCAAAGCUAAGUAAAAUACAUUGGCAUUACAUUAUAAUUGAUGAAGGGCAUCGUAUAAAAAAUGCUUCGUGCAAAUUAAAUGCUGACUUAAAGCUCUACCGUAGUAACCACAGACUGCUUUUGACUGGAACACCUUUACAGAACAAUCUUGAGGAGCUAUGGGCACUUCUCAAUUUUCUUUUGCCAAAUAUUUUCAACUCUUCAGAAGAUUUCUCUCAGUGGUUCAACAAACCAUUUGAGAGCAAUGGCGACAACUCUUCUGAUGAAGCUUUACUCUCUGAGGAGGAAAACCUCUUAAUCAUAAAUCGCCUACACCAAGUUCUGCGUCCAUUUGUGCUCAGAAGAUUGAAACACAAGGUUGAGAAUGAAUUGCCUGAGAAGAUAGAAAGACUUGUUAGGUGCGAGGCUUCUGCAUAUCAAAAAUUGUUGAUGAGGAGGGUAGAAGACAAUCUUGGUGCAAUUGGAGCUUCAAAGGCUCGAUCUAUUCACAAUUCAGUGAUGGAGCUCCGCAACAUAUGCAAUCAUCCAUAUCUUAGUCAGCUUCAUGUAGAUGAGGUUCAUGAUUUCAUUCCAAAACAUUAUUUGCCAUCUGUGGUGAGACUAUGUGGGAAGCUUGAGGUCCUAGAUAGAUUACUGCCAAAGCUUAAGGCCACCGAACAUCGGAUCUUGCUGUUCUCAACAAUGACACGACUUCUUGAUGUGUUGGAGGAGUAUCUCUACUGGAAACAGUAUAAAUAUCUUCGCUUGGAUGGGCAUACAUCCGGGGGUGAUCGAGGAGGCCUGAUUGAAAAGUUCAAUGAUCCAAACUCUCCAUAUUUUAUAUUUUUGCUAAGUAUCCGGGCUGGGGGUGUUGGAGUGAAUCUUCAGGCUGCUGAUACAGUGAUAAUUUUUGACACAGAUUGGAAUCCACAGGUCGAUUUGCAAGCACAGGCAAGAGCUCAUAGGAUAGGGCAAAAGAAGGAUGUGCUUGUUCUUCGAUUAGAAACGGUGCAAACUGUUGAGGAACAAGUAAGAGCUGCUGCAGAGCACAAACUUGGUGUCGCUAAUCAGAGCAUUACUGCAGGUUUUUUUGACAAUAACACAAGUGCGGAGGAUAGAAGAGAAUAUCUGGAGUCCCUCCUGCGGGAAAGCAAGAAGGAAGAAGCUGCACCCGUGCUGGAUGAUGAUGCACUAAAUGAUCUUAUUGCACGCAGUGAGUCAGAAAUUGAUGUGUUCGAAUCUGUUGACAGAAAGAGGCAAGAAGAAGAGAUGAUAGCUUGGAAGAAAGUUUGUUCAGAAAAGGGGGCAGAAAGUUCUGAGUCUGUUUCCCCUUUGCCUUCACGGCUUGUUACAGAGGAAGAGUUAAAGCCAUUUUAUAAGGCGAUGAAAAUUUCUGAGUCUCCAUCUGCUGUACCUAGCACUGGGAUAAAGCGGAAGAGCCAUUCUCUUGGAGGUCUAGACACACAACAUUAUGGACGCGGCAAAAGAGCUAGAGAGGUGAGGUCCUAUGAAGAGCAAUGGACAGAGGAGGAAUUUGAAAAGAUGUGUCUUGUUGAAUCUCCGGAAUCCCCUGUUGUGAAAUAUGAAGUAUCAGAAAAUAAUUUGUCAACAGGUGGUGGCUCUGCUAUGAGUAAUGCUGAAGGGAAAGUUUUAACAUCGCUCCAGCCUUCCGAACAAGCUCCAUUGCCUAUUGCUCAACACAGCACAUUGCUCCAGCCUUCACAGCAAACUCCAGUUCCUCUUGCUCAACAGAGCACAUUGCUCCUGCAUUCGCAACAAACUUCAUUGCCUAUUGCUCAACACAACACUUUGAUCCAGCCUUCACAACAAACUCCAGUACCCAUGGGUCAACACAGCACUUUCCUCCAGCCUUCACAAAAUACUCCAGUGCCUGUUGCUCAAUACAACACAUUGCUGCGGCCAUCACAACAAAUUCCAGUAGCCAUUGUUCAACACAGCACGUUAUCCCAGCCUUCAUACCAAACUCCAGUUCCCAUUGCUCAACACAGCAUAUCGCACCAUGCUUCGCAACAAACCCCAGUGCCUAUUGCUCAACCCGACCCAUUGCUUCAACCUUCACAACAAACUCCAGCUCCCGUUACUCAGCACAAUACAUUUCCCCAGCCUUCACAACAAGCUUUAGUGCCUAUUGCUCCACACGACAAGGACGCUACGCCACCUACUAAGAGGGGACGUGGGAGACCAAAAAGAACAUCAACAGUAUCUAAUGUUUCUUCAUCACCUAUCACGCCUCAUGGCAUUAAGGAAGCUGAUUCAUUGAUUACAGCGUCCCAUAUGCAGAAUAUUUCUAGCUGUCAUGUAAGUCUUGCUUCUCAUCCUGACCCUAGUUCUUCUGUUGAAGGUGUGCCUGGAAACAUCCAGCAGAGUUCUACAAACAUUAUCCCUAAUCCCCAGUCUCUCUCCCUUCCUGUUCCUGUCUCUCAGCCAAACCCCCUCGGGAAUCCUACACCUGGUCGGGGCAGGGGACGUGGUCAAGGGAGAGGACGUAAAUCUCAAAUUGGAGAAGUAUCAAGGGGGCGUGGGAAAAAGCAGAAAACAAUAGGACAAGGUGUAUCAAUUUGUCCCAGCAAUUCUGAGAAUGUAACACAAGCAAUAACGGUUUCUAGUUCUUCCAGAACUAAUGAUCAAGAUCUUGAUCCCCAUGUUACCAUUGAGAAUGAAGACGCUAAGGUACCAAGUUCAGUAGUACCUGCUCUGCCUGCAUCUGCUAGCAAGGAAUUAACUAUUGUCUCAGCUCUUCCUGCUGCGCCAUCUUCAGCAAGUAAAGAGUUAAUUACUGUUUCACCUGCUCUUGCGUCAGCUUCAGCCGGAAAGGAUGAAAUCUCAAUUUCACCUUCUGUUGUUUCAUCUCCUCAAAAUAAAAUAUCAGGUUCAUAUUCAACUGUUCCAGUUGUUUUGUGCACCCCAGCAGAAAGUUUUUAUAGAACAGGUUCAGAGAGUGCACCUAUUCCUUUCUCUCCUCCAGUUCUUGAUCAUGCUUCUUUAGAUAAAUGUACCACCACGGGGAAUGUUGGUGAGCAAGAUUGUGAUUAUCAGCUAGGUCUUACUUCUAAACCAACAACAUCAAUGCCUUUAACGAAUACAGACUCAAACAUUUCUGCUCCUAUAUCUCAGAUUGAAGAUGCACUGAGGAGGGGAAAAAAGCAGAAUAGAAUAAUACAAAGUGCAUCUGUAUUUUCAGGCAAUCCUGAGAAUGUGACGCAAGCAAUAGCAAUUUCUAGGAGUCCCUCUAGAACUAAUGAUCAAGAUCUUUUCCCCCAUUUGAGCAUUGAAAAGGAAACUACUAAGGGACCUAGUUCGGCAACACCUAAUCUGCCUGUAUCUGCUAUAAAAGAACCAACUGUUGUGUCAGCUCUUACUGUUGCACCAUCUUCAGCAAGCAAAGAGUUGAUCACUGUUUCACAUUGUCUUACAUCGGCUGGAAAGGUUGAAAGCUCAGUAUCACCUGCUGUUGUUUUAUCUCAUGGAAGUAAAGUUUCUGGUUCAUAUUCAACUGUUCCAGUUAUCUUGUCCCCCCCUGCCGAAAACAAAUUUAAAACUGGUUUAGAGAGAGCAUCAAUUCCGUUAUCUCCCUCAGUUGUUGAUCAUUCUUCUUUAGAUAAGUCUUCCACCAUAAAGAAUGUUGGAGAUCGUGACUGUGGUAAUCAGCUCACUCUUACUUCUGCACCAACAGCAUUUAUUCCUUUACUGAAUACAGGUUCUAGCAUUUCUGGUCCUAUCUCUACUGCCAAGCAAGGUAGAGGACGGGGGCGCAAACCUCAGACGCGAGGGGAGGCACCUAGGCGUAGGGGAAAGGGACAGGAUUUGGUUACAACUCUUGGUUCGGAAGCACCGGCCGAUCAGACUUUAGAAGUAAGUGAACCCCCACCUAAGAAGUCAAGGAUAUCUGUUGGGAGGAAGCCCACCACGAGAAGCAAGCAUGAAAAUGAAGUUUUGUUGCAGAAAAAUUUGCUCAAACCAGUUUCAUCUGAGAUCACUGAAGAUUGUCGUAGUCAAGAAAUCUAUAAUCCUAGCUGUAAUAGUGAAGUUGAACAACAAAGGGCCUUCACAUCAUAUCCAUCUGAUGCCGGUAUUAGCCCAACCGGUCAAGAAUUAAAUGUGGCCAGUGUGGAUGACAAUAUCAGUUCAAGAAGAGAGCUCUAUUCAGGGUCUCAGGUAUCACAAAGCCAAACAGAUGAGAAGUUUAGAGGUGAUGAUUGUAGCAAUGCGCCCGGGAACGAUAUCACUUCAGAGUCAGCUACAGUGCCAUUUCAAUGCUCUUUAAUUGCUGUUCAAUGUGUUGAAAUAAAGCAAGAUUCUGCACCGAUGAAAGAAGUUGCACUUGGAGCUCUGAAGAAAAUUGAAAGUCCAAAAUCUCAUGAAGUUGAGCUAGACAGUUCUGAGGCAAUGGGGAAGGAUGCCUCAUCCAAACCCUCAUUUGUGGAGAACAGAUCUGAUGAGAGUCAAAGUAUUGAAGAAGGGGCUAGCACUACCUUCUGUUCACAUUCUUCUAAUCAGGCUAGUAAGAUGGAGAAGUUGACAUCUCUUUUUUCGGCUCCAGUGCAUGCAGAAGUUAGGGUUGAUGAUCUAGAUAAGAAAGGGUUUAAGGAAUUUCGUGGAGGCAAUGUGACUGCUACAGGUGGGACUCUUGAUAUUAGCAAACUAGAGAGUGAUGAACCUUCUACAAAUAAUACCAUUGUUUCAAAAUGUCUAGUCAUCGAGGACGAGAAUAAUCCUAAUAAAUCUGUCAGGAAAGAGCUGUGCAAAGAAGAUCCUGCUCUAGAGGUGACUUCUAUUUCAAAGACAAAGGUGAUUGACAAUCCAGAUUGCAUGAAUUCCUUCGCAUCACCAUCCUCCGAGACAGAUGUUCUUAGAAGUGUUUUUCCAGUCACAGAUUUGGAAAUUCAAUCUUCGAGGAAGUUUGAUGUAGGAGAGGCAAUGAGGGAUUUCACCAAUGAUUCAAGUGGCACUGAGAAGGAUCAAACUCCAAACGUGCCAGCCACAAAUUUGCAGUCAGAGAGGCAAAUUACCGUUUCCCUCUGUGACAAGUUUGACAAUGAUGUUGAUGCACAAACUCAUAAACUGAAAAAUGAUGUUUCUAAAGGUGUAGUGAACCCUGAUGUGAAUGAGUUGCCACUAUGUUCAUUUUUGCAUGUCAGUCAAUUUCAAUCAGGAAUGGAAGUUACUGUUGCUGAAUGUGCAACAUCAUCUUCUGCAAGGUGUCAUUCAGUGGAAUCUCCGGAGAUUGAAAAUUGUAACACAGAAAUAAUUGGAUCUCAGCAUCGUCAAAAUUUGCAAACUAGUGUAUGUCAAUCAUUGGCUGACCAACCCUCUGAAAGUGGUGACCAUACAAAACUGGUUCCUCUUUGUGAGUCUGACAAAGAUUUGGUUGGUGAGGUUGAGAAGAAGAAUUCAUAUUUGGUGAAUUCUGAAGCUAAUUCAUCAGAGCAGUGUAUUGUUACUGACACAUUGAAAGGGCAUACAGAACAUCAGGUUGUGAAGGAAAACAUAGGAAGUGUUCUUAAUGAUGCAGCUGAUUCAUAUAAUGCUUCUCCAUCUUGUAUUACAGCAUCAUUUGAACAUAAGCCAGAACAGAUUGUGAGAGAAACUGUGGAAUCUGACCAAUUUGGAAUUGCUGAAUGCAUUGCAGUUGAAUCACGUGAUGAUGACCAAUCUGAAAUUGCUGAAUGCAUUGCGGUGCCCGUGAGUUCUUCCAUUGAUGACCUGGCAGUGGAUGAACCUGAGAGCAAAACAUCUGAAACAAAAGAAGAGAAUCAAAUGCAGACAAGUGAUUUAGUAAUUUCUGAUCAAAUUCAAGUUGUUGGAUCAAGAGUUUCUUUUGUGGCUGAACACAUUGCAGUGGAUGUAACGGGGAGGGGUGUUUAUGAUUCAAGUGAAGGUAUUUCACACCCUGAAGAUCUUGCACCAGGAGAGAAUUCUGGGAGCCCAUGCAGGGUAGAUUCUGUUCAGGUACAGGAGCAGCUAAGGCCUGAGCUAAGUGAAGAUAUGUCACACCCAUUAUCAAGAGAAUCUAAAAGGAGUAUUGCUCCUUGGGCAUUUAAAAAGAUAUCGGAAGAAGUACCAAUCUCUGGAAACAUGGACACACUUGAAGUUAGAGUUGUGACAGAAGCAGAUACGUCUGAUAUUCCCUCGAAGGAAGAGUCUGCUUUUGCAGUACCAGAGAAAUUCUCGGAACAAUAUACUACUGCUGAGAGUUCUGGGACAAAGCAGACCCUUGAGGAAGUGGAAUCCGAAUCUGCCACGCAGGCAACUGCAGUGGACUCCAGAUAUCUAGCAACAGAUGAAAACUCUGAGAAUCUGUGUAGGGUACAAUUUGCCCAACCUAUUAAUGCAUUAGGGAAAUCAGAAAGUGAAUUAGAAACACAACUGAUAUCUGAGAAUUUAAAACGAGAUGUUGUGGAAGUUUGUAAUUCAGUUAAAGAUGUUGUAGCGGCAAAGAACAGUGAGACUCCAUAUGUGGAAUGUACAGUGCUUGAAAUUUCUUCUAAUCCUAAUGCUGUUGAAAUUAUUGGACCUGAACUUCAUGGUGUUGAUCGGGAUGCAGAAACUAAAUCUCAAUUGAAGCAAAUAUUUGAUAUUGUGGACACAGAAGCAGUUAUCAAGAACACUGCUGUUGAAGAUGGUUCAUUAACAACAGUGGCAGCAGCGAAGACUGAUGUUUCUGGACCUGAACUUUGUACUGCUACGAGGCCAUCAGAGAUUGCAGAAACAGAAAUAGUUAGGGAUGAUACAUCUGUUGAAGGUGCCGCUUUAGCAACAACACUAGAUUCUGAGAUGGCCUCCGAGAACAUUGAAACCAAUAUUGUUGGGGUGAAAGCCUCAGUUGAUGAUGGAGCUUUAGCAGCAACUGAAAUUUCUGAAAAUCCAUCUGAGAAAGAUGUUAGAGCACAAGAGAAGAAAAGAACAGAGUCAGGUGAUGAACAUGAACCUACUUCAGUGGCAUUUCAUAAUGAGGUAGAUAUCAAGCAGACUCCUCAGAAGCCUGAAACUGUGAUCACAAUUCUUGAUGCUGGAGUUGCUGAAGCUCCAACCCAGUUGGAAAGCGUUUCUCAUGACAUUUUUGCAGUUAAAACACUACAAAAUAAGAUUUCUGAUGGGAAUGGCGAUGCAUCUGAUCAUGAAAGUAAUGAACACCAAAUCAGUCCAGUUGAUGGAACAUCUAGAGAUUAGGUGAUUCAGAUUGCCGUUGAAGCUUCUAAAACCGAUACUGUCAAGGAGACAGUUUCAGAUGUUGGGGAAUGCUCUGCUACUGCUGGUGAGGGUUAGUUGCAGUCAUUACUGAGUUUUAUCUCGUUGCUCCUUCACAUCCGGCCGUUGAUGAAUGAAAAUGGCACUGAUGCACCACCAUUGCCUUCUGCUGUAUGAUGUGAGAAUUAUGUAUAUGUCUUGUGUGUAUAUUAUUACUAUAUAUUACAUUACUCUUAUGUAAUGUAACUGUUAGCUGCCAAAAUUGCCUGAAAGGAGGCACACUUGCUCAUCUGAUGUAUGUAUGUAUUACUACAGCUAAGCUUUGUUUCCAUC